AUGGUCGAGUUCGCUCUUGCAACGUCAAAACAACACACUUUGGGACACGUUUUGAUGUUCACGCGUCAGAGAAUUCCGGUGAUGGCAAUCGCUGAGGACAACGCCCUCAGUAGUUUGCAUCAAUUCCUCGCUGCUACCCAGCCCCUUCAGUCGUUGCAGCGCUCGCCGGAAAAGGUCCCCACCAUGGAUGACAUUAUGCAUACCGUACUACAACAAUUACCCGCAUUCACUUAUCCUACGCCUGUGGAUGCGAAACCGGCUGGAUCGUCGGACAGCGACACGCCUCGGAAUCAGAGCCCGAACAGCGAGGGAGCCGCGGAAGCGCAGGCGGCGCUCGGCGGAAAGGAACCAAGACCCUACCGGCAAGAACCAUGGCACGAGUGCUUCACGACCGUGAACAAGAAGGAGUUCGACGCACUCAUCUACUCGUUGUAUGUGAUGGCCAGAGAUGACAAAAAGUUGGACGGUUAUGAAUACUAUGAGUGCAUAAAUCGGCUGCAAAGCAAAUGUCGCUACCGAGUGAGAGCCAGAAGAAUGAACGAGUUUAUCAUAGUCGAAGAACGGGGGGCUCAUAAUCAUGCGAUGGAACCAGUAGGAACUCCAGGAACUCAUGCGGGCCUACCUAAAACUCUCCGAGAGAUUGUUGAUAAAUCUUUCUACGAGGACUGGCCGAACGCUACGCGCCAAGAAAAGCUCGAAGAAGAGGUCCGUCGUCUUGGUCUUCCACAUAAUCCUCGUCUCGGCAGACAAGUUGACAACCGUAUUGCAUAUCUGAGAAGAGUUAAAAAUCUCAACGAAAUGAAGAAAAUUCAGGAUCAGGCUGCGCCGCUCAUCAACGAUGAAUUUAUGGGUGACGGCGAAGUGAAGGCGAAUGGCUUGGGCGCUGCUGUGCAGGACAAAGCACCAACUCCUACCGGCACAUCCACCAUGAGGGGUCCGUCGGAGUUGCUGCAGUUGAUGAUGCAGGGCGGACAAAUCCCCGAGUUGAACGCAGAGACGCAAGCGCAGCUGAUGGCUCUGAUGAUGGGAGGCACUACGCCUACGAUAGAUGAGCAGUCAGGAGGAGCGGAGCAGGCGAUCCCCGCAUCGUCCGCCAUCACUCAGUUCCCAGCGAUGCAGCCAACGCUGCCUCCGCUGAUGAAUCCGUUCCUUCACGGGUCGGCUUCGAUGCCGAAUUUGUUUCCCUCCGUAGGCACCACGAUCGACAGCAGUGCCGCUACUGAGGACUCCGUCGACAUGGAAGACGAUGACGACAGCACAGCAGACGGCGAGUGCUUACAAAUCGAUGCCGAUCAAUAA